AUGACUGCAGAAGCUGUGAACCCAAAAGCAUACCCAUUGGCCGAUUCUCAACUCACCAUAACCAUACUGGACCUUGUUCAACAAGCUGCCAACUACAAACAGCUCAAGAAGGGCGCUAAUGAAGCCACUAAGACAUUGAACAGAGGAAUUUCGGAGUUUGUUGUGAUGGCGGCGGAUACUGAGCCGCUCGAAAUCCUUCUUCAUCUUCCACUCCUUGCUGAAGAUAAGAUUUAUGAUUCAUACUUCAUUUUGCAUAUGUUAGCUUGUUAUGAAACAGUAUGUUCAGAAGGUGAGUGUUGCCAGAACUUGGAAUUGAAGAUGGAUGAGGAGAAAGACAAGAAGGGAAAAAAUUAA